CUUACCCUCCAACAAUCGCACUGUGUUGAGGCGGGGCAAUCAUGGCGGACGAUGGCAUGCUCCUCAAUUUCUCGAUCCCCGUCGGCGGUAUUUUGAACAAGCCAAAAUUCAAAGGUGGCACUUGGAGGGACCGAUUGACCGCAAAGAAGGCUGCCGAGAACUGGCACAACAGAGCCACUGGACGACUCACCGGAUCGGAGACCUCGGCGAAUGUGAAUCGUAUCACAAUCGGUGAAAGAAGAACACGAGCAUCGAAGAGCCCAGAUAUUGUGACUGAGAGACACGCAAAACGGCCGCGAGUUGGUGGAGAGUUUAAACCUGCGGCAAGUGAGAAGGUCUCUGCCACGAAGACGCCCGGAGAGAAGCAGCAUAUCUCUAAGGGAGGGAAGCAGAUCAUCUCGUCGUUGUUCUCCUUCAAUCCUGUCUCGACGACCAAGUUGCUCCCAAAAGACGACUCACAGAACGACAUCGUGGUUGAACCUUCUAAUGCGCCGCUCAGGAGCGAACUUGACACCUUCACCUCCCUUGGAAUAUCGACCACCCUUGCUGCCCAUCUACUGAACAAGAUGGACCUGAAAGCUCCCACAGCGAUUCAGAAAGCAGCAAUAUCACAGUUGAUAAAAGAGGAUACCGAUGCAUUUAUACAGGCAGAAACUGGUUCAGGGAAGACGCUGGCAUACCUACUGCCAAUAGUGCAGAGGCUCAUGGAGCUAUCCGCAAACAUGAAGAAACGGAAAUCUGAUGAAGCGGUCCAGAGAGACUCUGGUCUUUUCGCGAUAGUGCUUGCGCCAACUCGAGAAUUAAGCAAGCAAAUCGCGCAAGUGUUGGAGAACUUGUUGCGGUGUGCGCAUUGGAUCGUGGCUGGAACAGUCAUUGGUGGCGAGAAGAAGAAGUCAGAGAAGGCUCGGUUGCGGAAGGGCCUCAAUAUUCUCGUCGCAACGCCAGGUCGGCUAGCAGACCACCUGGAGCACACACAAGCCCUAGAUGUGAGCAAUGUGCGGUGGCUGGUGCUUGACGAAGGAGACCGAUUGGUGGAGCUUGGAUUUGAGGAGGAGAUCCAGAAAAUUGUUAGCAGUCUCAACCUACGAAUGCGGGCGAAGAAGACUUCCAACAUUCCCGGGCUUCCGGAGAAGAGGACGACGAUCCUCUGUUCUGCUACAAUGAAGAUGGAUGUCGAGCGACUAGGGCAGAUCAGUUUGAAAGAUGCGGUCCACAUCCAGGGUGAUCCUGCAGAGAAGGUGCAAGGUGCAACCGAGAAAGAUGACCGCACAUUCUUUGCCCCUGCGCAACUGAAGCAGUCUUAUGCUGUAGUUGCCCCAAAGCUCCGCCUAGUAUCUCUCAUCAGCAUGCUAAAACGGACCUUCGUAAGGAAAGGAUCAAUCAUGAAGGCAAUCGUGUUCAUCUCCUGUGCCGAUUCCGUCGAUUUUCACUUCGAUGUUCUCACUAACAAGUUGGAAGAAGUGGUUGCGGACGAACCGCCAGAAGACGGGAAGGAGAAUGUGGGAAGUGACGAGACGACCGAAACAAGGCCUAAGAAGAUCAAAGGCGUCCCUCAGUCUGAUCCCACCAAGCUCACAGUAACAUAUGCAGAGUCACCAGUUCUGUCCCCCAAAACCCACUCCGUAACGGCAUACCGGCUCCAUGGAUCUCUCCCACAAGUUCUUCGAACGUCGACACUCUUGCAUUUCACAAAGACUAAGGAGCCGUCUGUCAUGUUAGCUACAGAUGUCUUUUCACGCGGUCUCGACGUCCACGACGUCGAUCUCGUCAUCGAAUACGAUCCUGCUUUUUCCCGCGAUGAUCAUUUACAUCGUAUUGGCCGAACUGCGCGGGCGGGACGCGACGGUCGGGCCUGCAUAUUCCUCAUGCCAGGGUGCGAAGAAGGCUAUGUAGAGGUUCUUAAGAGUGACCGCAAGGAUAGUGAGACUGGCGUUACUCUCACUCGCCAGGAUGCGGAGGAGAUUCUAAAGAAGGGCCUCGUUACGUCUGGGCAAGUAUCAAAGGACAAGACAUCCUAUAUGGAUAAAGCUACAGACUUGCAGCUUAAUGUGGAACGAUGGGUCAAGGAAUCUCCUGCACGAACGGAGUCCGCUACACGGGCGUAUCAAAGCCAUCUUCGAGCAUACAGAACGCACGUUCACGCUGAACGAGUAUAUUUCAACUCCGAAGACCUGCAUUUAGGCCACCUAGCGAAAGCUUUCGCCUUGAGAGAUAGACCUAGUGGGAUGAGGGUUCCCGGCCUUAGGACACGUGCUGGUAGAGAAAGUAGGAAAGGGGUUAGUGGAACUGGUAUGAAAGACAACCACCCCUCUACAGGGGGGAAGAUAAAUCUGGAUCCUUCGAGUACCAGCGCGGACGAGGAGGCAGCCAAAAUGAGGAAGGCAGUCAGGGCUCGCGAGAAGUUCAUGAGAGCUGCUGGGAUGGCUGAUGAGUUCAACUUAGGAUAA